GUGCAUACGUGUCUAUUUCUACGUGUGAAAAUUUUGAUGCCAACUUUUGAAGUUGAAGACUUGUCUCUGUUUUUGUUCAUACUGAAUCAAAUCACCAAACAAUCGGAAAAUUUCGAAGAUGACAGCCGAUAUCGAAAGUGCAAGUUCAAAGCCUCAGAAGGUUCCAUGGCUUCUUGAAUAUCGUUCCUCUGACUGGUUUAUUCUUACCACAGUUUGCUGUGCUAUCUUUACUGAUGCUUUCCUCUAUGGUGUUGUAGUCCCCGUUCUUCCAUUCAGUCUACAAGAACGAUCGGGUGUGCCGGAAGAGGAAGUGCAAUGGUGGACUUCUUUCAUAUUCGCAGUCUUCGGUGCUGCUAUCGUAGUCGGAUCUCCAAUUUGUGGAUGGCUCGCGGACCAUACUGCCGAUAGAUCUAUCACUUACUUUGCAGGCUUAUUCAUCCUCGCGGCUGCAACUCUACUAUUUGGGUUUGCAAAGAAGGCAUGGCUUCUUGUCGUUAGUAGAAUGUUCCAAGGAUUCUCGGCUGCGAUCGUAUACACUGUUGGACUCGCUCUAUUAGUUGACACUGUUGGAAGUGAAAACAUUGGACAGUGGAUGGGCACAGCUUUGUCAUGUUCCAGUGUUGGCCUCAUAAUCAGCCCUCUGCUUGGAGGUAUUGUUUAUGAUAAGGCCGGCUAUAUGGCCGUGUUUGGUAUGGCUGCUGGACUCAUUGUUAUCGAUAUCAUACUACGUAUGUUUAUGAUCGAGAAACGGACAGCCCAAAAAUACCUUGGCAAGAGUGUUAAAGCGACAACAGUUGAAGGCAACGGAACCUUUAACACCUCUGUUAUCGAACAUGAGGCUCGGAGUAAUACUUCGGAAAGCACUGAUAGUUGGGAACAUUCUACCAAUACUGCUAAUUCUACCCCUCCUGGAUUUGGGAUACCUAACUAUGACGAAUCUAGCGCUCUCCUUCCAAACAGAAAACAAAACGGAAAACAAGACUCCAAGGGCUGGAGUCUUCCGCCAGUCAUCACCUUGCUCGGCUCACCACGAGUUGUUGCCGCCAUUUAUGGUAUAUUUGUCAACGUUUCUAUUCUUGCUACCUUUGACAGCGUUCUCGCAUUGUUCGUCAAAGAAACCUUUCACUGGAGCUCUCUUGCCGCCGGUCUCAUAUUUCUCUGCAUAGCCAUUCCUGGACUUGGAGGCCCACUCGUCGGUGCAUUAUCUGAUCGUCUAGGUCCCCGUUGGAUUGCUGUUGCUGGAUGUACUCUCACAGCAGUGCCAUUGAUGCUUCUGCGACUUGUCGAUAACGAUUCAGAUGAGCAAAAGGUGCUGCUGUGCGUUCUAUUGUUUAUCUGCGGGUGUACUCUUAUUCUCAUCGUAGCACCUGUUGCCGCCGAUUUGUCUCUAGUAGUUGGAGAAAUCGAGGUCGCAAAUCCAGGCAAAUUUGGUCCUGGCGGUGCUUAUGCUCAAGCUUAUGCUCUUUUCAAUUGUUCCAUGGCUGCUGCUACCAUAUUUGGUCCAGUGUUUGCCGGUGCAUUGAUCACACAAUUUGGCUGGAAGGCCAUGACUUUAGCUAUGGGUAUUUUCUCACUAACUGGGGCAAUUCCAUGUUUGGUUUUCACUGGAGGCUAUCUAUUUCGAGAAGAGUAGAAAGUUGAAAAACGUGGCAUAGACUGAGGAUAUAAACUAUUCUCUUUGGUGAAUAUUUGGCAAUAUCGAUGUGUCAAACAAUCUGCUUGUUAAAUGGAAAUUUCCUACUCUUUCUUUCCGAUUCGAUUCAUCUACAAUAUGCAUCUCUUUGUUGCUUGAUUUCGUUCUUCAUUGCAUAAAUGUAUCUAAGUUUUCUUUGAAUAUCUAGUUCUGUGCGACAAACACCAAAAGUAUCAAAUCUAAAUUUCGCUAUCUAAUUAACA